GAGUAUGAUUUUCAUGGUUGCUGUUUGUUUACAUCAGGAUUGUUUGGGAGCUACCUGUGCAUUCUUUAAAACGAUAUCAUUUUGUGGUAUUUAAACAGGAUAUUAUUGUUCGCAAAUAAAUUUUGGAGUUAUUAUUGUCUUAACCUUUCAAUGUUUUAGAUCAUUUUUAAUAAACAAACCUGCACUGUAUUUCAAGUUCAGACUUGAGCGUAGUUGAGGCUCUUUGAAAGGUGCAAAGUAUGCGGAUGACCAGAUGACUUAUGUCUAGUACUGUGUAGCGUGACGAAGACGGACAUCUUUUCCAAUGCCAGGGAAAUAUAAAGUUGCCGACUGUGAUGACUAUCUGUCGGAUGACCUUGAAACUGCUGACACAUUGAUUGGGAGAAACUGUGUUCCAAAAUCCCCUGUAAAAAAGAAGAGACCAAUUUCUUCAAGCACCAACAAGACAACUCCAAGAAGACCUGUGACCCCUGGAAAGAAAAAGAAGCGCCCCCAGAGUGCCCCGACCUACCAUCGCAGUGGACAUGAGCUCUGGAUGAAUGCUGUCAAACACAGGAAAACUGUUGGGUUAUCAGGCAGCAGCAGACCACAGAGUCCGAGACACAAAACAGCCAGUGAGUUCUGGAUUGACACACUCAGGAAAACAGGGACUGGUUUCACCACUGAGAGUACAGGUAUGAACACCUUCAAUGGGAAGCGGCCGCGAGACAAGGACAUGCCAUACCUAAGCACGCCAAGCUACCUCCGACAAAUAGCUGGCACAGAGAAACAAGGCAAAAUGAUUGAUCCUACAGCCAAGGCGUCCCCGGGCACCCCAGCCUACAAGUCACAGGAAGAGUACUAUGAACAGAUAUUGGAGUUCAAGAGACAAGUGAAGGAGAUGCAACAGGAAUCGUCAACAAUGAGGGCAAAAAUUCGGAGGGUGGAGGAGGAUAACUUGAAGAAAGAGAAGGAGAUUGACUCACUCCUCCAUCCACAUAAGAGUGAGGAGUUACGUCGUACACUUGCAGACAAGCGGCCAGACUCAGGCUCGGUAAUCCACAGUCUCAAACAGAAAAUACUCAAGCUUGAGACACAGCUCAGGGACAAGGAAGGUGCUUACAUCAAGCUGCAGAGCGACCUGAAGACGACGAAAGUGGAGGAGAUGAGACAGCAGAUGGAAAUAUUCUAUGCUGAGAUUGUCCGUCUACAGAACUCGAAGGACACUGGCACAGACAAGUCAACAAGACCAUCAAAUAGAGAGAGCACGGUGAAGGUGAAAGCUCUGAAUGAGACAAUCCUUCGCCUCAACAAGCAUAAUGAGCAGCUGCAGGCUGAAAACAGGGCCCUUAAGGAGGACUUGAAAAACUCCAUCGACACGCACCACAAUUCCAGCAAAGACUUUGAAGACAUGAACAGAAAAGAAUUGCUGAGUUACGUUGCUCAACUGGAGUUGAAACUUCAGAAAGCUGAUCAUGUGAUGGAUGGUGCAUCUAUCACAUCUUAUGACAGCAAGGCUCCCAAAAUACAAGGUAAAGUAGCGCUGGAAGGCACAUUACAGCAGCGUUUGGACCAGCUGGACCAUCGUGAGUCAGAGUUGCUAGAUGCCCUGGAGAGGAAGACAGAGAAAAUAAAAGGCCUAACAGAGGAGAAAAACAGAUGGAAGAGAAGAUGUGAGGAGAUCGAGAAGGGAAGAAUAGUAGAUGACUAUCAUUCAGAUGCAAGGGAGCGAACCCCGAGAAGUGCCAAUAGACCACCAAGUGCUAGAUCAAGAGGCAGCAUAAGGGAUCAGGGUAUGCAGGAGGCAGAAGUUGAACGCACACCACAUAGAGACUCCGAGACCACACCUAGACGAGGACGACCAAUCAGUGGACGGUCAGACAGAAGACCCCCUAGUGCUAAGCGACGCACAUCUGUCGACAGCAGCGUGUCAUCAGGUCGGAGGCAGAGAAUUCAGAACUUCAAGGAGACGCGGUCAGCCAAGGUCAUCCAGAGAAACUGGAGGUCACACCAAGACCAGCAGCAGGUUAAACAAAAACAUGAGCAAGAUCGAAAGGUUAACCAGUUCCGUGAGAACAAUGCAGCGAAGAAGAUCCAGCGACACUGGACAAAACAUCAGUAUGAGAAACAUGAGCAUGAGAGGGAGGAGGCUUCCAGCCUUAUUCGGGCAGCUCUGAUGGGCCAUACGACCCGUCGCAAGCAGAUAAAAGACUACCAUGACGAUGAUGAAGAUGAUUACGAGACAGAUAACGAAGAAUAUAACGAAUGUGUCAACCUCAUACAGUCUGCCAUGCUAGGACAUAAUACACGCAAAACCAACAUGAAAAACUUGAACCUUUCGUCUAUGGGAGAGGAGGAGGAUGAUGAUGAUGAUGACAUUGAGGAGGCCCCACGUCGCCGGCUGUCCUCCUCCCUUCGCUCCAAUCGUCCCCAGUCUCCGGCCCCCUACAGACAGCAGAGGCCCCAGUCAGGAAAAAGGGUCAUGUCUGCAUCACAAAAGAGUUAUGGUUCACAUAGAGGCACAUCAUCAUAUAUAGGGGAAGAUGAUGACGAUUUCUGAUGUCACUGUUAUAACAGACCUGUCUCACAAUCUAGCUUGUUCAUACAUUUGUUAGUUGUUAGCAUAAACACUGUGCUAGGAUUAGAUGUAGAUACAUUGUAUCUAAAGAUGAACUGCUGUUUAGUUCCUAUCCGUGACUGUGACAUUUUCUUUUUGUUACAUUUAUUAGAAGACUAUAUUUUAUAGAUAUAAGAAGUGUUUGACAAAAAGUCAGACCUGCAUAAACUCAAAAUAAGUUGUUAAAUUAAUAUCAAGUUUGUAAAUAAAAUAUUUGUAGCCUAAUUUUCAUGGCUUGGCGAAAACCAGGAGGGCGGUGUGGGGGGGGGGGGCAAAGUUAAAUCUGAUGUUAAAAAAUUUGGGUUAAAGUUUUUUCUGUGUCAUAAAUAUCAAUCUUUAUGAAACUUGGACUGAAUUUUUUUAUCAGCAAUUAAGACCAUUGUGCAUAUGGGUAAAAAAGUUAACUAUUUAUACAAUUUUUUGUGUAUUUUCUUAUUCCUAAUGUAACAUUACAUUUAGGACCAUUGCGAAUUUGGGUCAAAUGAAAAAUUAUUCAUUUGUGGAUGCUCAUUGUAUUAUUUUGAUUAAUUGAACCCAGAAUGUAUAUUAAAAAAAAAAUGAAAUCCUGCUCAAGUGUUCCUACAUGUAAGUGGUGACUUUUUUUGACAAAUGUACUGAAUAUGUAUUGUUAUCAUGGAAGAUGUGUUGUAAUAUGAUCAUUGAAGCUUGUUUUGGCCAACAGGCUGAGAAAAUAUGUCAUUAUCAGGGUAUCCUUGUUGGCAAUGAAGCCAAUCAUGUGACUUAAUUGUAUUCAACGGAACCUACAUGUAUAUUAGUAUUUGAGAAAGUAAGAUUGAUAUAUACCUGUAACCAUACCAUUUAUUGGUAAUUUCUGUCAGAAAAUUAACAGGUGGAGCUUAUAUACAUUUUCACAAUUUGAAACAAGGACCUACAUGUAUACUGUAAUUAAAACCAUUAUUCUUUGAAGUCACAUUACACAAACUUUACUAAUGCUAAAAACAAUUAAUUGAAUGAUCGUCAUUGAUCUUACUUAGAUGACUUUACUUCUAUCAACAGUGGGAUUUUGCAUUAGUUGAAAGAAUGUACCUUUACUUUAUUUUUUUAAAUUGUGUAAAAAAUGUGGUCUGUAAAUGUAAGGCAUUUUAAGUUAGGUAGUAGAAAAUUUUCAGUGAAAGUUAAUAUCUAUGCUCUGUUAACAUGUGAUGAUUUCACUGGAUAACAUCAUCUAAAAUAGAAGUUUUAGAUUUAGAUAGAUUUAUUUCCAGCAGUUUAUAUCUAUAAGUAUAAAACAUAAUUAUAUGUAACAUGUUUAAUUAUAAAGAGUUUUUUUGUAUUUAAAUUAUCUAGCCAGAUUUGAUUCAUACAACUUUAAACAAAGAUGUUGCACAUUUAAGAUGCUUAAUAUUAAAAUGUGACAUCUGUCCUUUUCAUUAAUUCUACUCAUUUUCUUUCUCAUAUUUUGAACUGUGAUAAUAUUUAGUGCAAUUACUGCAUAGAGGUACUAAAUAACAAUACUAGCCAAAGUGUUAUGUCCGUCCCUUUAAAACAUAAUGUACUGCUUCUUGUAUGUGCAUUAACACCUGAAAAGUUGACCAUUUCCGUAGGUUUAAACUUUCAUACGCUUCUUCUGAAAUGUUUUUCUCCUCUUUCUAUAUCUGUAAAGUGGAAGAAUGUUGUUUUUUUCUUGUAUAUUUCGGCUAUAUCUCUGCAUAGUGAAGAAUGGUCUCUUUCUUAUAUAUUUGGCAAUUUGUGAUAUUUUCUUGGUCAUUUGUUAGUGGUGAAAUAAAAAUGGAGGGAACAAAUCUUGGGAUAAUGUCAAAUUUUAAUACCUUUGUAUUUUUUUUUGUAAAAUACAAAAUAAUUAUCUUUAAAAUUUAUGAGGUAACAUUUUUAAUAGUAAUUUGUGUUGCCUACUGUUGGAAAUAAGGGAAUGUCAUAAUAACCAACUUAUACAUAUUUAUAGGCAUGCUAAACCUUCAAUUACACUCAUCUCUAUCUACCUUUUCAUUGUCUGGUAGACACUUAUUAAGCAAUAUCAUCUCUUCAGAUCAUUGUACUACACUGUUAUGAAGGUGGAUAUAAGAUCUUGUUUUCCUCUUUGCUCAUGUUAAUUUAUUUGAAUUCUUUUGUAAAUAAACAUUAACAAAGAA